UAAGUGGCUCUGACCGGCGGUUCGGUUUGCUUUCAUUUCGGUCUUCAGUGUUCAGUGUUCAGUGUUCGGUGUUCAGUCGCAAUCCAAAAGCUAUCAGUGGCCGUGUGCAUUUCCUAACAUUGACAUUGGCCAGACCAUACCGCUGCUCUGUGCGUGCAUCUGCUUUGUUUUACUUCAUUUAUUUCGGAUCGGUUCGGAUCGGAUCGGAUCGCAGGCGUUGAUGAAAUUUCGUCUUCUUAUUGUUAUUAGUGCUGCUGCUGCAUUUUGAGCCCACGGCAAUUUUCGUUGGCGUGGGGUGACGAAAGUGCAAAGAGUCGCCCGAGUUUCCAUUAAUUAGAGAGUGUUUAUUACGAUUAUUGAUUGGAUUGAUUGGAGCUUGAAGCUUGCAGCUUGAAGCUUGCAGCCUGCAGCCCACCAUGUUGCUACAGAUCGUGGCUUUAGCGGCGAUUUUAACGACUGCGCAAUGUUUCCAAUUGAACAUGACGCAGUUCUAUGAGAUGCCGCAGCUGUACGACUUGGAUGACUACGACCGCUGCAUGCAGGAACUGGAUGGGCAGACCUCCACUUAUUGCUUCGUCCGCGCCCAAGUCCAGCCGAAUGAGUCGGUGGCCGCUUGGCGGGCCAUCGCCGAGAUUUCGCGCUACGAUCGCCACCACUUUGACCAUCGCCAGCUGUACUUUGGCCUCUGCCUGAGGGAAUGCGAGGCCGCCCUGGCCGAGCUGGAUGACACCGAGCUGGAGUCGCUGCAGGCGGGUCUGCUCUCGGACAAUGAAAAGGUGAAUGUGUAUCUGGGACUGUUUGCCAUGGAGUCGCAGAACCGGGAGCAACAUCAGCGGCUGACGAGCGCCUGCCUCAACUGGCGGCUGAAGCAGCGAGGAUUCAAUCUGCGCGCCAAGAGCGUGGUGGAGUACUGCGACGAGGCGGGACAUGUGGUGCAGGAUGAUACCUGGAACUUGACUUUCUAUGGCAUACUGUUCGGUCUGCUGGUUCUUGCUUGCCUGGGCAGCCUCGCGGACCUACUGCUGAAGCGGCGGCGUCACGACAAGAUGCUCAAGGAGCGCGAUCACUACAAGACACCGCCCAAGAGCCUCGUCCAGCAGCUGCUGCUCACCUUUUCGGUGGCGCGUAACUGGUAUCGGCUCAACCAGGAGCCCAACGGCAAGAUCGGACGCGAGCUGCGCUUCCUCGACUGCUUCAAGUUCUUCUCCAUGUUCAUGGUGAUCUUCGCGCACACCAAUUGGGUGAUCUACGAGAGCGCCAUCAGCAAUCCGCAGGAUCCCGAGCGCCUGCUGCACACGGCCGCGGGCACGCUGCUCGUCUCCGGCUCCCUCAUCACCGUCACUUUCUUUGUGAUCAGCGGCCUGCUGCUCACCAUCAACUGGCUGGCGGUGGCGCGCACUGUGCAGGCCAAGGCAGAGUCCUGGUCCUUCCUGCAGUACGCCGUGCUCUUUGUCAAGUUCAACGUCUUCCGCUACAUUCGCCUGACGGUGCCCUACGCCUUUGUCCUGCUGCUCAGCGGCGUGUACUUCGACAAUGCCGGCGGUCCGCUCUGGCGGCACAUCUACGAGCGGGAGCAGCUGGCCUGCCGUCGCAACUGGUGGACCAAUCUGCUGUACAUCAACAACUUUGUGCGGACAGACGAGCGCUGUCUGCUCCAGGGCUGGUAUCUGGCCGCGGACACGCAAUCCUUUGUGCUCAGCCUGGUGCUGCUGAUGCUGGGCCAUCGCUUUGCCAAAUGGAGCAAGCAGCUGUACGCCGUCAUCCUGGCGAUCUUUAUGGCUCUGCCCAUGCUGCUCACGUACGCCCUGGACUACUAUCCCAUCUUUGUGCCCACGCCGCAAACCCAAAAGGACUCGUUCAUUGGGGAUCGCCAGUUCACGGAGUUCUACACCUCGUCGCUGAUGAACUUUGGCUGUUACUUCUGCGGCGUUCUGGCCGCCUUGGCCUACGACCAGCUGGCCCUGCAGCAAUACAAAUUGCGGGAGUUGCGCAGCUUCCAGCUGCUGUGGUUCGCCCUCAUUCCGGUGGGCAUCCUCUGGCUGUUCAGCGCUCAUCCCAUAUUCCAGCACUACUAUGUCGCACCGUCGGCCAUCUGGGGCGCCAUAUACGCGGGUCUGCAGCGCAAUCUCUGGGCCUUUGGUCUGAGCAUCUUUAUUGUGGGCAUGGCCGGGAAGGUGGGCUGGAUCUUCCGCAAAUUCUGCUGUCUGCCCAUCUUUCGGAUACUGGGACGCCUUACCUAUGGCGCAUUCAUCGUCCAUCUGCUGGUGGCGCGCAUCGUUCUGGCCACCGUGCGGGAGCCCAUCUACUUUGGCACGGGCAUGAUGUUUGCCUUCAUCUUCUUCACGGUGACGGUGUCGUAUCUGUGCUCCUUCCUGCUGGCCAUCUUCCUGGAGCUGCCCGUCUCCUCCCUCCUGAAGCUGGUGCGAUAGCAGGCAGCACUCGGUCGUAGCUUUACUUGUAG